GUUUCUCUCUUGGCUUAGUGAUCUUGCCUGGCAUAGGAGGCUUAGGACCCAGGGGGCGCCUUUCAGCCGAAAAACACCUCGCUGCAGCAAGCUGGCUGGGAAGCUCCCAGUUCUAAAGAGAGGCUGUUUACCAGAAGAGCAUAACAAGGGCAGGUCUGACUGCAAGGCUGGGACUGGGAGGCAGAGCCGACGCCAAGGGGACCCCGGUUGGGCACUGGUUGGUCAGUCACCUGCAAGACGAAGGAGAGGAGGAUGCUCUUGGCCUGGGUGAAAACAUUCCUCAUCGGCAACAUGCUCCUAGCAGAAGCCUAUGGAUCUGGAGGCGUCACAACAACCCUUCAAGGCAGGUGGGGUUUUCCAAGUGAGGGCAGGGGGGCCCCGACGGGCCCAGCGUCGCCCAGCCGGGAUAGACUCGGCUUCCCUUCCGGCCACUCAGUGUCCGGGGGGCUCCUCUUCAUCACAGGUUGCUUCUGGGACAACGGCCACCUGUACCGGGCGGACCAGCCCUCCCCAGCGCCGGGCCUCCGAUGCCUCAACUGGCUGGAGGCGCAGAGCGGCCUGGCAUCUGCCCCUGCGUCGGGUGACACCGGCAACCACAGCUAUUGCCGGAACCCGGACCAGGACCCGCGCGGGCCCUGGUGCUACGUCAGGGGCGAGGCCGGCGCUCCCGAGAAGUGGCCUUGCGAGGACCUGCACUGCCCAGAGACCACUUCCCAGUCCCCUCCAACCUUCACAACAGAAACUGAGGAGGCGUCUGAAGUGCCAAGUGGAGAUGAGGUGCAGGUGUUCGCUCCUGCCAACGCCCUGCCUGCCCGGAGUGAGGCAGCAGCUGUGCAGCCAGUGAUUGGGAUCAGCCAGCGGGUGCGGGUGAACUCCAAGGAGAAAAAAGACCUGGGAACCCUGGGCUAUGUGCUGGGCAUUACCAUGAUGGUGAUCAUCAUCGCCAUUGGAGCUGGCAUCGUCUUGGGCUACACCUACAAGAGGGGGAAGGACCUGAAAGAGCAGCAUGACCAGCGUGUGUGUGAGAGGGAGAUGCAGCGAAUCACCCUGCCCUUGUCUGCCUUCACCAAUCCUACCUGUGAGAUCGUGGAUGAGAAGACUAUUGUGGUCCACACCAACCAGACUCCAGUGGACCUUCAGGAGGGCAGUGCCCCUCUCAUGGGCCAGGCAGGCACUCCUGGGGCCUGAGCUGCCAACAAUGGGCAAGAGCCCAUGCAGACACUGGUGCAGGACAUCCUACUCUCCUUCAGCUGGGAGGAUCUACACUUUUUGUUGUGGUUAAAAUCCUCCCUCGACUUUUUGUUUUCUUAAUUCUAAAACAGAAGCAGGUGGUGUGCUGAGGGCAAGUCUGGGUAGGGUCCUACCAAUGCUCCUCCUCCAUCCCUUGGAGCAGGGUUUUGCCUGUGGAUGGAGACAGUGGCAGCCCCCAGAGCAAUGCUGCUGACAAGGGCUUCCAAACAUUGCUUGUGCCCUGGAUCUGAACCAGGGACAGGCAAGGAGCUCCCCCAGGCUCCUCUGUGCUUUAUUAUCUAAGAUGGCCUCAGUCUCCGCCUUUGUUCUCCGUGUGCUUGAGUGGCGCAUACUGUUAUCCAUAGUUCGGGACAGACAGGUCAGGAGGCAGUAUUUCAAAAAUAUAGUUUUUAAAAUAUUUGGGAUGGAACUCCCUACUGACUUUGAGAACCAGAAAUGAAUUUGUACAAAAGUCAAAACUAUGGGUUGAGAAUGGGAUCUAGGCUGGAGGCUCCUGGGGGGUGCUCCAGCUUGCUAGCAGUGAUGUGCCUUGAUAACUGUGGGCUGGCCCUGGGCCCAGGGACUCUUCCUGUUUUGAAAGGAAAGGAAGGGAAGAAUCGCACUGAACAUUCCACUUGGGAAGAAGGUAGAGAAGGAUCUAUGGCUGUCUUAGGCCACAGGACUCAAGGGAGACCUGGGGAACCCUAGACAGUUUGUUCAGGGUGGACAUUGGCCUCUUUUCAUUUUGCAGGGGUAAGACAUCAGCCAACUAACCUAUGGGAAUUACACUGUGGGGCCUUGUGAGCUGCUUCUGAGAGGUUAACUCAGAAACUAAGCUCAGAGGCAAGGUAAUAAAAGUGCUUCAGGGCUUGCCCCUGCAGUGGCUUGAGUUUGCAGGUGGCUCUGUGGCCUCCAGGCUAAUGCAUUCCUGUGAGGGUAGUAUGGCUAGGCUCACAACCCCUAACUUGUAAAACAAUCAGAACCGUUGGAAGGGACCUUAGGGUUCCUCAAGCCUUUUGGACAGGGACCCAGAGGGGGAAAGUGAUGCCCAAGGUCAUAGAGCAUAGGCAUGGCUGAGAGGAAAGUAACAUUUCUCCACAGCACUGUGCUUCACUGAGCCAAUGGCUCAGCAGGGCCUCCAAGUCCUGAUGUCACACUUGGAGGCCUUAGCAGUGCUCCCUACCCAGAGCUUCCUUCCACUGCCCCAUGUGGAAAGGGGGCUUAGAGGGGCCCAUUCUCUUCAGCAGACUAUUCCUGGGAGUGGUUUGCUGAGGGGCCUAGGCCUCAUGGGUCCCUUGGUGUUAGUGAUGCUGAAGAAAAGAACAGUACAUUACUGGUUUCUACUUUUCUAUAAAAGCAUUUCUCUGUGUACAUGUUUUAUAUACCUCAUUCUGAUACCUGCAUAUAAAGUGCAGUAAAUUGCUCUGCAUUUGACUUGUAUAAAUUAAAAAAACAAAAA